AAUGAACGUUGGUUGCUGCUUAAGAAAAAGAGAUCCACAGUGUUCCUGACGUCCAGGUUGAGGAAGUCUGAAGUUUACGUGUUUGAUUCACACAUUUCUUUCAGAUCUGAUCUACCGUAGGUCGACACGAUGUCCGGCGGUCCCCAUAAUGAUAAGGAGGCCAUGAGUAUAUACUGUAUAACCCUCCACGGCCCGGCACCAUGGGGCUUCAGACUUCAGGGAGGGAAGGACUUCAGCAUGCCCCUGACUGUGUCCAGGCUGACCCCCGGGGGUAAGGCCACUCAGGCCGGUGUGGGCGUGGGAGAUUGGGUGGUGUCCAUCGGGGAGACCAACGCAGAAGACAUGACCCAUGUGGAGGCACAGAACAAGAUCAGAGCAGCAGAGGAGUCUCUCACCCUCACCCUCAGCAAAGCUUUCCAUGCUGGUGGCGAUCAGAAGGAUUCACUCGCCCCCACCUCGGUUCAGCCCAAAUACUCCUUCGCCCCCAGCACCGCUAUCAACAAGAUGGCGCGACCAUUCACGCCAGGCGGCGGUAACACGGUCAUUAAACCAGUGACAUACGCCCCUAAAGUAAACACCCCGGCCUCAGCGCCCCCCGCCAACAUGCUACAGCCACACAACGGCGUCAAGGCCUCUCAGUCACCUGCUAAGACCCAGACAGCAGACAAACCUGACGCCUCUAAGACUCCAGCUCCAGUCACGGCUGGUCCUCUGGUACGUCCUCCGUGGGUGACCGACCCAGGGUUCGCUGACCGUUACGCCCCAGACAAGACCAGUACGGUUCUGACCCAGCACAGGCAGCCGGCCCAGCCAACGCCCAUGCAGAACCGCUCCUCUAUCCUACAGGCGGCUCAGCAGGCACCCGAGGACAGCGGAAGUACCCCUCUCUGUGGAGCCUGCAACAAGAUCAUUAGGGGCCGGUACCUGGUGGCUCUGGGUCAGUCUUGGCACCCAGAAGAGUUCCAGUGUUCCCAGUGUAAGGUGAUGUUGGACGAGGGAGGAUUCUUUGAGGAGAAAGGCUCCAUCUUCUGCACCAAGUGUUAUGAUAACCGCUACGCUCCCAACUGUGCCAAAUGCAAGAAGACGAUCGUAGGGGAUAUCAUGCAUGCUCUGAAGAUGACCUACCAUGUCCAGUGUUUCAUGUGUGCUGCCUGUAAGAGCCCCAUCAGAAACCAGGCCUUCUAUAUGGAGGAGGGAGAACCUUACUGUGAGAGAGAUUAUGAGAAGAUGUUUGGUACUAAGUGUCAUGGCUGUGACUUUAAGAUCGAUGCUGGGGACCGCUUCCUAGAGGCCUUGGGACACAGUUGGCACGACACCUGCUUCGUCUGCGCUUUCUGCCAGAUCAACCUGGAAGGAAAGACCUUUUACUCUAAGAAGGAUAAGCCGCUGUGUAAAGGCCAUGCCUUCGCUCCCGUCUGAGAGGGAGAGAGGUGGUUCAGACAGGAGACCUUCACCAUUCUCUGAACCCUGAAGACCUUUAAUCGCCACUCCACUGCAAACCAGGAUCAGUGCAUCAGAUCCUCACUUAUCGCUCAGCUACAGAUAGAUUCAGCUGUACCUCAUCCUGCAACUUCUAUCCCUGGACAUUCCAAAUGCACUCUGUACUGGCUCCCUUCACUAAGAGCUAAAGGAAUGUACAUGUUAACCUUUCUGACCUUAACCGCCUGGUUUCUCUACUGUUGUUACUCCUAGCAGGUUACUCUAGUAUCAAAUGGAAUGGAAUGACGAAGUGAGACAUAUUUUUAGUAUUGAGUGUAGUGUUAUUACAAACGGAGUCAUUUCAAGCCUUAGCUUCUCUAACUCUAUGUAUUGUCAGUGAAUAUAUAUAUAUAUAUAUAGUUGUUGACCAUUACCACCAUUAUAUAUUUAUAUAUAUGUCAUUCUUCCCUCUGAUUGUGAUGCUAACCAUCUGUUGUUCACAGGUCAUCCUUCACUCCAGUGUGCGAUGGUCAACUGAGUUUGGGCCUGUUAGUCUGGUGAAAUGUCAGGCCCUGUCUAAUCUCAGCCUCGUUCAUUUCACUUUUAAGUGGCCUUUUUAAAAUAUUUUUUAAAGUUGAACCAACCGUUUAGUGUGUCAUUUUCUGAGAUGUUACAUUAACUGUCGCUGCACCACCAUCCUCAUUUAAUGUCUCUGGUCCGUUCGACAACCCUUUGGUUACUGCAGUACUUAAGGUGAUUUUAAUGGGUCCCUUACUGCAGUACUUACGGUGAUUUUAAUGGGGACCCUUACUGCAGUACUUAAGGUGAUUUUAAUGGGGAACCUUACUGCAGUACUUAAGGUGAUUUUAAUGGGGAACCUUACUGCAGUACUUACGGUGAUUUUAAUGGGGACCCUUACUCCAAUACUUAAGGUAAUGUACGGGCAACAUUACUGCAGUACUUAAGGUAAUAGGAACUCAGUCAUGUAAAACUAGUUACUGUACUUACUGUAAUACACUCUCUGUGCACGUUCCAAAUGGCGCACCCUAUUCCUUAUAUAGUGCACUCAUUUGUAUGGGCUCUGGUAAAAAACACUAGUGCACUAUAAAUGAAAUAGGGAGUCACUUCGGGACACAGCCAUAUUGCACUAGUCACUAUAAAAACUGUCGGACACUCCAUAUUGACCCCAGGGACCCAGAAUGCAUCACUUCACAUCAGCUAUGUUAUUAAUUGAGUAAUGUAAAUCAGAAUAGUACACCAUAAAAAAGGAGUAGCGUUUUGAAGCAACACUAUCAAUGUACAGUAUAUGGAAAGAAACGCUGUUUACAGGGCUGGGAGUCAAAUCCAGUUUAAACUGUGGCUCUUGAAUGGAGAAUAAUCACAUAGCCAAUUAUAUUCUAGAAUGUUCUAAAUUCAGUUGGAAUUGACCCCAACUCUGUGAAGGAAUUUGUAGUCGUUUUGUUGUCCUGGGAUUUGUAGUCGUUUUGUUGUCCUGGGAUUUGCAGUCGUUUUGUUGUGCUGGGAUUUGUUGUCGUUGUGUUGUCAUGGGAUUUGUAGUCCAUUGUGUUGUCCUGGGAUUUGUAGUCCAUUGUGUUGUCCUGGGAUUUGUAGUCAUUCUACACAAGUGACUGUAUGUAUUGGACCAAAUACUGUAUGGUCAAGGUGUCUAUUCAAUCCAAAUCCCGGAAGUUCAGCGUGAUUGUUCCCGCGUGGGCUGAGACUGCAUUCCUGGUAAAUGAUGUCGGCUCAAUCCACAAAUUUACAUUCAGAGCGCGCAAUCUGUAUAAUGUCAAACGACACAUUGAAUAGACCUCAUGUCUCACAAGAGACCUGUAAGUAAGUAAGUAAGUACACUGAACAAAAAUUUAAAUGGUUUAAUAUACUGAACAAAAAUAUAAAUGCAACAAUUUUGAAGAUUUUACUGAAUUCCAGUUCAUAGAAGGAAAUCAGUCAAUUGAAAUAAAUUCAUUAGGCCCUAAAUCUAUGGAUUACACAGGACUGGGCAGGGGCACAGCCUUGUUUGGGCCCCUGCCCAGGGCUUUAUUUAAGACAAAUACUCCUCAGUUUCAUCAGCUGUCAGGGUGGAUGGUCUCAAAUGUUCCUGCAGGUGAAGAACCCGGAUGUGGAGGUCCGGGGCUGGUGGUUGGACGUACUGCCAAAUUCUCUAAAACGAUGUUGGAGGCGGCUUAUGGUAGAGAAAUUAACAUUCAAUUCUCUGGCAACAGCUCUGGUAGACGUUCCUGCAGUCAACAUGCCAAUUACAUGCUCCAUUGUGUUGUGGGACGAAACGGCAUUUUAGAGUGGCCUUUUCUUGUCCCCAGCACAAGGUGCACCUGUGUAAUAAUCAUGCUGUUUAAUCAGCUUCUUGAUAUGCCACAUCUGGUCAGGUGGAUGGGUUAUCUCGGCAUUGGAGAAAUGCUGACUAAAAAUGGGGAUGUAAACAAAUUUGUGCACAACAUUUGAAAGAAAUAAGCUUUUUUGUGAGUAUGGAACAUUUCUGGGAUAUUUUAUUUCAACUCAUGAAACCUGGGACACUUUACAUGUUACGUUCAUAUUUUUUGUUCAGUAUAUUUAUUUAAUGGGUGUGUUUGAAAGGACUGUGUGUUUUGAAAGCUAAGUAUUUUGUAAUGUACUGUGUUCGCUGACUAGUGAGAUUGGUUCACUUCUGCUAUGUACUCAUUCAACCUCUGCUCCAAGAACAAUAGGAUUAUAAUAACAGAAUACUAACAAAUAUAUAUAUAUGUAUUUUACUAUUUGUUUUAUAUUAAAGUGUGGUAUACCAAGUGCCUUCUCAAGCUUUACACACACUGAGCUUUAAAAUAAUUAUUCAAUUCUAACGAAAAACUGCUGUAUUCAUUUGUGUACACGCUAGAGAUGUUUUUAGCGAAAGAAUUGCUAUCUUUGAUCGGGGAGCUGUAUUUGGUAUCAGAACCAGCCAAUCAAUAAAACAUGUCUGUAUUCUUC